AACCGUGUUCGGUUUCUUCCGGAUGUAGAAUUCGGACAUGGCUGACGCAAACAUCAACAAUCGGGAAACAAAUUUAGAAGACGUGCAAAAUCAAUUACAUGAAGCGACUCUAAGCAACGCAGCAACAGACGGUCAACCAGCAAAUGAAGAAGUGGAAGAAAGGGAAAUAACACAAACUGACCAUUUAAAUAAGCGCUUACUGGCCGCAUUUCUCGACCGGAUAAACGGACCAGGCCCGUCGCCAGAACUUCCUCAGGUUGAGCCGGUGGAUAACGAAGGUUGGGAGGAAGAGAGCGAGGAGACGGAGAAGGAUAAGUGAAGCAUGACCGGAAGGGCACCUGUUAUCAUUGGGAUAUCUGGGGUAACAAAUAGUGGGAAAACGUCCCUGACCAACAAAAUCCGAGCUCAUCUGCCGGGAUGUCGAACAAUUUGUCAAGACACCUAUUUCUUGGACCCCCCGGAUCCUCGCCUGACCCCAAUACCAGAACUAGACCAUUACAAUUUUGAUGAACUGAAUGCCCUUGACAUGGAAGCAAUGGUAGCAGAUGUCCAGUCAUGGAAAGAUGCACAAAGUAACUCCACUCCAGUGGGAUCCACCCCUGAUGAUAUGUAUAGCAAUGUACUAAUUGUAGAAGGAUUUAGGAUGUAUGCUUUGAGAGAUUUGGAACAGCUCUUGAUGAAGAAAUAUUUUUGUACAAUUCCAUAUGAUGUGUGCAUAGCUAGAAGGGGAACAAGACAUUACACCCCACCAGAUAAGCCAGGGUAUUUUGAGAAAAUAGUUUGGCCCGAGUCUAUUCUUCAUCAAAGAGAAAUACAGGACCAAGAUGAUAUAGAGUACCUUGAUGGAUCCGGUGACCAAGAUGAAUUGUGUUUGAAAAUUGUGUGUGAUAUCAAACAGCUGUGUAAUGAUAUAGGAAAUUGUGUGUGAUAUCAAACAUUUAUUUAGUGAUAGAAGAAAUUGUGUGUGAUAUCAAACAGCUAAGUAAUGAUUGAAGAAAUUGUGUGUGAUAUCAAACAGCUAAGUAAUGGUUGAAGAAAUUGUGUGUGAUAUCAAACAGCUAAGUAAUGAUUAAAGAAAUUGUGUGUGAUAUCAAAUAGCUAUGUAAUAAUUGAAGAAAUUGUGUGUGAUAUCAAAUAGCUGAAAGAGGAAAUUGUGUGUGAUAUCAAACAGCUUUGUAAUGAUAGAAGAAAUUGUGUUUGUUGUUUUACAUUGUUAGCACCAGGUUUUGAAAUGGAUUUGUGUAUACAAUAAAACAUUUAUUUUUAGAUAUAA